ACCUUGCCAGUUGCCUCCCUGUCCCUGCAAGCAACAACCUCUGCCUCACAUCAUCUCCCUCUAACACCAAGCCAUCGUCUACUGUACACCAUCGCUCUGCAUCUCCUCCCAAGCAGCCACCAAGCACCAACAUCAGCUCACCGUUUAAUGGCGGAAGUCGGGAAGCUGAAUGACUUCCUGCUUUGUUUUGUUUUUAUUGGGGUUGUCAACGUCGGUGCAUGGUGGUGGUGCAGAUGUGUUGGCUUCCGAUGGUGGAGAGGACAACAACCAUGGAAGUGUGGUAGGUAGGUGAGGAAGGAGGGAUGCAGGUGUUAAAGUGUUGUUCGUUGCGUGGAGGAUUCCCUCACUAGUCUUCAGUCCGCCGCCUCUAUUCACCGGCGUCCGGCGAUGAGUUGCUUCUACUCUUUCCGCUCUCUUCUUUCCUUCUAUCUCCUCUGCAGAUGGCCUUUCCGCUCCUCCGGUAACCGGAUAACUAUAAGGGUCAAACACAAUUAUGGCAGAAUCUAUUGUUAAAUUAGCUUCCCAGUGGAUUGUUUCUUUGCUGAAGCGAGAGGCUGACACAUUAUUCAAAGUUGUGGAUCAAGUAAAAGGUCUCCAACAAGAGCUGGAAUUGAUGCAGGCGUACCUCCAAGAUGCUGAUGCAAGGCAAGAAGAGAAAGAAGUUCGCACUUUGAUAAACCAAAUAAGAAAGCUUGUCUAUGAUGUUGAGGAUGUGAUUGAUACUUACAUCCUUAAAGUCCCAGCGCCAACUGAGAAGCACAGGAUCAAGAGAUAUGGCCGCCUCCUAUAUAAUGCUCCUGAAAUCUAUAAAGUUGGGAAGCAAAUGAUAGUGAUGCAGAGUGAUGUGCAGCGAAUGACUAAAAAAUUAGAUAGUUAUGGGCUGAAAAGAAUCGCCCCUGAGUUACAAGAAGGUUUCAGAAAACUUCACAACGUUGAAUAUUGGAGGGCACCAAGCUACUCCUUUGAGGACAACAGCUGUAAGUAUGUUGUUGGCAUAGAGAAAGACGUUUCGAAGCUGUUAGAAGUACUUAUGGGCGAGGGAAACACCCAUAUAAAUAUUAUUUCUAUUGUAGGAAUAGGUGGCUCUGGAAAAACUACCCUGGCAAGGAAGCUGUACAACCAUCCAUUUGCAAAGGAGUGCUUCAAUUGCGUGGCAUGGGUUUUUAUAUCUCAAGAAUGGAGCACUCGACAUGUACUCUCAGAGAUCUUAAGGAUGGUUGGAGGUCAAGGGGAGACUUAUGAAUUGCAUGCUAAAUUGAGUGCAGAAGAGUUGGUCGACAAGCUCCGCGACAUCUUGAAAAAGAAGGCGUACCUGAUCGUUCUAGAUGAUGUGUGGAGAAGAGAGGCUCUAAAGGAAAUACUCCCUGCCCUUCCAUUAUCAGAAGAUAUUAAUAGAGAAAGCAAGAUUAUCAUUACAACUCGUAACCGAGAAAUCGUUCAUUUUGAAAAUAUACAGCAGCAACUGUUUGUCCACGAGCCACAACCUCUAAGUAAGGAAGAGAGUUGGGAGUUGUUCAGUAAGGUCGCACUCGGUGAUCGUACUGAUUGCAAUAUGGAAGAUUUUAGGAGUUUAGGUAUGGUUAUGUUGAAGAAUUGUGGGGGACUUCCCUUGGCUGUAGUGGCUCUAGCUGGGAUAUUGAAGACGAGACGAAGCAUUGGAGAAUGGCAGCAGAUCAAUGAAACUAUAAAAUUAAGAUUGAUGAAGGGUUUGUCUUCAAGCGCGCAUGGUAGUGUAGAAGGUUUGCUAGCUUUGAGCUAUGAAGAUCUUCCUAACCAUUUGAAGCAUUGCUUUCUUUAUCUGGGUCUAUUUCCAGAAGAUUGUCAAAUUCCAGCCGGCAUGCUAACUCGAAUGUGGAUAGCUGAAGGUCUCAUCACUGUGCCUGAGGAGAUAUCCCCAGAAGAUGUAGCACUACAGUAUCUAGAGGAAUUGAGCCACCGAUGCAUGAUUCAGGUUGUGCGAACCAACUUCAAUGGAGCCAUAAAGGCAUUUCAUUUCCACGAUCUAUUGCGCGAUCUUUGUCUCAAAAAAGCCAAAGAACAGAGUUUUCUUCAAAUUUGUACAAGUAAUCAAUCCAUGACUACUUUUGCUUCUACCAUGGCAGUUCCACCACGGAGGGCUGCUCUUCAGUCCAGCAUCUUGUUUCCCACACAAGAUUCAAAUCUGAGAUCACUUAUAUUGCUGACAAAAUCUAGCUUAUUACAGACGACCAAUGUCUCCAAGGAGGUAGUGGAUUUUAGGAUUGUACAUAACAGCUUUCAGUUGCUUAGACUAUUAAAUCUUUGGGGUAUUAAGACUGGUGAUGGUGCCUUGCCUAAAGAAAUUGGGCACUUAAUUCAUUUGAGGUACCUUGGUAUUCGUGCCUCAAAUAUUAGAAAACUCCCCAGUUCAAUUGAAAAUCUAAGAAACCUCUUGACCUUAGACUACAGGAACAUUGACUUAGAUAAUGAUGUUCAUGUAAAAAUUCCCAAUGUCCUGUGGAAGCUGGUACAGCUUAGGCAUAUUUUUUUGCCAUUGGAAUAUGCGUGGAAUACUCGAAAAGGGUUACAUUUCAGUGGUUUGAAGAACCUGCGGAUAUUGAGGGGUAUAAGAUCAAAUGGGGGUGAUUGGUUUUCUAGGGAGAUAGUGAAUCUAAGCAUAACUGUGAAGAGGUUGAAGGUAGUUGUGUCAACACAAAAGGAUCUGGAGGCUACUUUCAGUUGCCCUAACCUUAUAUCACAUCAGCUUCGUUCAUUUCAGUGUCACUGGGGAGAGGAAAUAGUUUUAGGGCAUGUGAAUCCAAUGUUUGCUCAUAACCAACACCUUAGUAAGCUGGUAUUGAUUGGGCAAGUAAAGGUGAAAAACUUCUCUCUUAUAUUACCAUCAAACCUUGUCAUAUUAGAAUUGGAGGACAGCGUUGUGGACUAUGAGGAUCCCAUGGAGGCUAUUGGGGCAUUGACCCACCUAAAGCUCCUUAGACUAUCAAAUGCCUACACAGGGACAACAUUCAAAUGCAAGAUCGGCUCGUUUCCUAUGCUUGAGGAGUUUCACCUUGAGAACCUACAUGAGCUGAGCAAGUGGGUGAUUGAGGAGGGGGCAAUGCAGAGUCUUAAAAAGGUACAAAUUUCAGGCUGCAGAAAGUUACAACACUUACCUCAAGGCUUAGAAUUUGUAAGAACCCUUCAGGUACUUGAAUUUAUUGGGGUUCCUAAAGCAUUUGUCAAAGAAGCAACAGAAUGUGGAUGGUCAAGAAAAUUGCUGAGGCUGCCUCAUAACUUUUACGCCAUCAUUGAACAAUGUGACUCUCCUGUUGACUUUUCCUCCAUCAGUAAGCUCCAUGAGCAGCUCAGAGCUGGGGUUUUCUUGAACGAAAAAAAGCAGAAAUACUGGGUCUUGAAGCAAAAUGAGGUCUAUCAUAAUUGCUUCAUGUUGUAUGCCACAUUCCUCGACCCGGGCUUCAGUAGACGACCGGUAAGUGAUGAAUUCGAGCUUUAUUAUGACGAGGGUUGCUGGGAAUGGAUGGACGUGAAAGAAAGUGAUGGUGCAUUAAUGAAGAUGAUCAAAAUAAAUUAUCAUUGUGAUGAAUUUGCGGUGUCUGGGGAAUUCCUUGUAAACAAUCUAUCUCCGCAAGUUACAUACCAUGUUGUGUGUGUGAUCAUGUUACCAGAAUCAGCAAAAACCGCCCGUUUCUAUAGUGCAUCAUCUAGGAUUACCUACCCUUACCGGCGCUUGCAGCGGAAGGAUCUUAACAUGGAUGGUAUGCCAAGAGGUAAAUGGAUAAGACUACCAAUUUGUGAUUACGACACACCUCGAAUAAGUAGAGGUGGAAAAAUAAACUUCAGCUUGCGUUUCGAAGAGCCUGGAUUACUCAUCCAAGGUGUCAUUAUUGAGCCCAAACUAUGAAGCUUCUGGUGGUGGACCGGAACAACAAACCAUCUCUUUCGUGCCAAUUAUAAGGAAGCUUUUCAGUUCAAUUGGGUAUUUGAGGAUGUUAUGGACUUUAGAUUACAGGAACGUUGACUCUGACAUACCUGUAAAAAUUCCCUGGGAUGUUUGUGCAACUUAGGCAUCUAUAUACUUGUCUGUUCAAUCUCCUUGAAGAUUAAAAGAGUUGUAGCAGAGUUCUAUCUCAAAACCUACUAAUUGUACGGGGUGUAAGAUGUACUGGAGGAGCCGAGGAGCGAUUGGUUUGUAAGAGGGGUGUCAAAACUGAACAAAUAUCUGCAGAACAUGAAGAUGAUUGUCACUACAGAAAAGAAUCUGAAGGCUGCCUUCUAUUGCGAAAGCCUUCUACAGAAAACAUAUUGACUCUGUACAUUUCACAUUGAGUGGAGAGAAGUUGAUCAUGACGGUUUACCAGUGUGGAACACUAACAUGCAUAACUGGGAAUGGACUGAAACUGAAGACAGGUAUUUUAUAAAGAAAGGAAAUGGUGUUCUUCCUAUUCGAAUUAUAUACUUUUUGAGGACCUAAAACAGAAUUAUCCCUUAUUAUUUCAGUAUUUCUAAAUGAAAGUCUCUUAUUGUUCUUUUGCUGCAGAUAUGGUGCAUUAAUUGAAGUGGUGAAACUUAAAUCUUCAGAGCUUCAUGUGGUUGGAAAAUUCAGCACCGAAGAUCUCUCUCCAAGUGUAACAUAUACAUUCAGUUAUGUGAUAAUGUUAGGUGACUCGGCAUCAGUAGAGGAUCCCUUAAUGUUCUUUACGCUUACUAUUUGCACGGACUCCAAUGUAAUAUUUAACCACUUAUAUAUCCAAUUCCGUAUGUGAAAAAAUUAUAAAAAGUUAUAUUCUGAAAAUAUAUAUCGAAA